UUUAUAGAUCUCUACUACGACUACACCUGUUGAAUUACCGCAUCGCGAAUCGAUAACCGUCUGCGGGUUUUCUCGAUCACAGUGCGCGUGUGUGUGUGUGUGUGUACGUGCGUGUGCGGACAUAGAGUUUCGGACGGACGCGACUAGUACACCCGGUUUGUCGAGCGCGUCGACACUCGCCCGCGCGUCGAACACGGCGUAGUACGUUAUUGUAAUAUUGUUUUUAUUUUCGAAUUAAAAUUGACGACAAGUCGGUACAUUAUAACCAUACAGUCACCACUCGCCGUCAUAUCGUACACGUCCAGUCCGCGGUGUGCGUGCGCGGUGCAAAUAAUUAUUAUCCUUUAUAUUACAAUAAUAUAAGCCAUAUAGGUAUUAAUGAUAUAGUCGAUGAUAAUUAUAACGAUAAUCGGUUACCUAUCGGAAAUAAUAUAAUAUUAUAAUAUCGUACGACGAGCGCGACUCGGACUCAGACGAUAUUAUUAUUGUCGUAUACGAUAAUCACAUAUUAUUUUAAGCUUUAAACCGUUCGCGCGCCCGUGCGUGUGUGUUUUUGUCUUUCUAUUUUUCACAAAUCGAUUAGUCGUUUCCAGCGAUCCAUCCUCUGCAACCGGCACGCACCGACAUCGACACCGCCAAUAACAUAUUGUUAUUAUCGUGCCACAUUAAAGAAACGACUUUUGGUGGUCAAUCGUUGCCGCACGUCAUAGAUCAUCGCACACCGACCGGAACAACCACCUGCCCCGAGCCCUGAGAACACGCGGGCGCCGUCACCAUGAAGUUCACGCUCUCCGAAUGGAUAAUAUUGGCCGUGGUCGGGUCCGUGCACUUUUGUUGCGCCAUUUGUAUAUCGUUGCAGGCGCCUUUCUACCCCGAAGAAGCGGAGAAAAAAGGAUGCACAGCUACAGAAUACGGCUUCGUUUUCGGCAGUUUCGAACUGGUGGCAUUCAUUACGUCACCAGUUUUUGGAAGUCUGAUACAAAAGGUCGGGCUGAAAUAUAUGUUGGUGAUUGGCAUCGUAUUGAACGCUCUGUCGACCAUAGCUUUCGGAUAUUUGACGUACAUCGACGAAAGAAACAUGUUCCUGCUGUUAUCGCUGUGCCUUAGGGUGUUGGAGUCUUUGGGCGCUACAGGAGCGAUGGUAGCCGCGUUCUCGCUGACAGCCGUCUCUUUUCCCGAAUCGGUUGCCAGCACUUUCUCCGCUCUUGAAGUAUGUUAUGGAAUGGGAUAUAUCGUCGGACCAACUCUCGGCGCUUUGCUGUUCGAGGUUGGUGGAUUUUCACUGCCGUUUGUGGUCAUGGGCUUCAUCACACUUGGAAUGUCGUUCUUGGUGUGCAUUUUAAUGAAACAAGACGUGCCCAGUCCGAACAAGGCUAAAACAAAAGUAACACACCUCAUGAGCGUUCCUACAGUGCUUGUAAAUUCUAUCGCAACAGUGAUAACAGCCACAGCUAUGGGAUACUAUUCAGCCACGUUGGAGCCACACAUUCGCGGGUUCGGACUUUCAUCGGUAGACGUUGGGUUCGUGUUCAUCAUCAGCGGUGGAACGUACGCACUGAUAGCACCCGUCGUUGGAUACGUUUGCGACACCGGAUUGAAUCCAAAAAAAAUUAUGAUCAUCGGCACAAUCCUGACCAUUGUCAGCUACUCCAUAGUCGGGCCGGCGCCGUUCAUGCCGAUAGAAAAAUCCAUGCUAUGGGUGGUUAUUGGAUUGGUAAUACAAGGAGUCGCGUUGGGCAUGAUCUGCGUACCCACGUUCGUAGAUUCCAUGAACGCUGCCUUCCAAAGCGGUUUUCCAAACGACAUACACACUUACGGACUGUUGUCGGGCAUCUGGUCAUCGUCGUUCGCCCUAGGUGCGUUUUUGGGCCCGUCGAUAGCUGGCGUUCUGUACGACUUGGUCGGGUUUGAAAACGGAACGUACUUUGAGAUUUCGUUGCACAUCGUACUGGGUAUCACGCUGAUGUUUUUCGUGUGCCUGGAAAAGCGGCCUUCCGAAAAGAACGGCAUGAGCGACUCGACCGUCGAGUUCGCGGGCCGCGGGGACGCGGUCGACCCGACCAGCGCGGCGCCGGUGCCGGGUGCCGCCAUCAAGUCUCCCAUCUACACCAUCAACGGGCACGCCUCGUUCCGGUCCAGCCACCGAUUCGGUUCGACUUACGGCAGCUUCAGCAACUCGUGCCUGGGCACGUCCCUGUCAUCGAUGCGCAUCAGCAGCGAGGCCAGGACCGAAGCCCGGGGCAGCCCGCUGGCCGUCGAGUCCCGGAUCUAGACCUCCACCACCCCCCCCCCCCCUCACACCCCACCAAAAAAAAAAACACUGUAUUAUGAUGACGAUGAUUAUAAUACAACGAUAGCGAUGCAAACCGCAUUAAUCCCCCGGACCCCACCCACACAGUCUCUAUAUACAUAUAGUCUAUACACCGUGCACAUAAUGAUAACAGCGUUAUUAGAUAAGACUUACCCUUAUACAUAAUAAUAUAUGCGUGUGUAUUAUCAUUAUAGCCGGUCGUCCAAUCGUGGUCCCGCCUUCCCCUCACCACUUCCACCAUGGACAACUACACACGUACAUUUGGUCUGAACUACACACAUUCAACAUUAAUAUAAGUACAGCAUAUAAUACAUUGUUAUAAACCGGCUUACCCCGCGUGUUUGCCUGGUUAAUAGUGUUUUAUAUUAAAGAUAUCGUUCGAGUUUUAAUAUUAUCCCUUCGCACCUAUACUGAUUGAGAAAUCGUAUCUCACGACAACGGGCGUAUAAUAAUAUAAUAUUGUAAUCACUGUAUAUAACAAUAUACUAAUUUUUCGUUUAAGUUUUUGUAUAGGUAUUAUAAUUGUGUACGUAUAACGUGCGCGCGCGCGUGUGUGUGUGUGUGUGUGUGUGUGUGUGUGUGUGUGAAUGUAUUUUAUUGAUUUUAAUUCGUGUCUUAUACACAAUGUACACAAUGUACACAAUGAUUUUUACCUCUCUCUGUCUCUGUUUUCUCACUGUUAUAAUCACCUGCCCCGUAAUAAUAUUCAUAUAGAUAAUAAUAAUUAUUAUAUACCUAAUGUACUUAUUAUUAUUACAGAUUUCGUUUUAUUUAUAUAAUAUAUUUUGAAGAAAAUAGAUCGGUUUUUUAUAUUAUUAAACAUAAUAAAUUAUAAUAUUUUUCCUUCGAGUAUUGGUGAUAUAUUUUUAUUCGUGAGCAACCGCCCAGUCAUGAUUGCACCACCAAUAAGUAUAUGUUAAAAUAUGAUGAUAAUAUUAUUGAUAUUAGCGAUGUUUCUUACGUAAACAAUAAUAAACACGUAUCGAUUUCCUAUAUAAGUUUGUUUAGUUUUUUUUUUUAAAUUUAAGUAGUGCUUAGUUGUUAAAUAUUAUUAUUUUGCCGAUGAACGUUUAUUGCUACCACAGUCGACUAAAGUGAAAAAUCGACGACAAGUCGAUGUGUUUUAUUAUUUUGUUUUUACCCUACAACGGUAUUAGUAUACCGUAAAAAUGCACCACCACCACCACCACAGACACGGGUCUUUUUCGUAUACCAAAACACCGAUAUAGGUAGUAAUGAUAUAUUUAUACAAUAUUAACAAAAUUAUUAUAUUACUGCGGUUUGUCCGUAAUUGCCAUAAUAUUAUUAUUAUUUGUAACAAGCGUAGAAAGUAUACGUACCUAUAAUAGUACCAUUGUAACCAGUUUUCAGUGUAUGUAAAUAAUAUAAUAAAUAAUAGAUACAUAUUAUUGUGUUAGUGAUUUUAGAUGUUGUUCUUUGAAUUAUUACUUAAGUUACAUAUUAUGUAUAAUAGCCGUUAAGAAAAUUAAAAUUACGUUGUACAAAUAUCAAAACA